GAUUUACCGAUAUAUCAAUCUUUAGAACGCACCUUACGAACAACGUCUGCAUGGUCGUCAAGUAGUGGACACCCCUAGACUUGGACAAGUGGACUAAGCUAAGCCACGUUUCCGCUUCUCUCCUGGUCUGCACCACCCCUGCCUCGCCCCUUCCCCGCCCUAUAGCUCGGGGGCGCGCACGGAGGGGCGGGUGGGGAAGGAUCGCCGAGCUCCCGUGGCGCGGCUCGCGUGCCCGCCCGCCCUGGCCCCAGCGCCCAUCUGGUCGGCCGGCCCAGCCAUGAUCAAGGCGAUUCUCAUCUUCAACAACCACGGAAAGCCGCGGCUCUCCAAGUUCUACCAGCCCUACAGUGAAGAUACACAACAGCAAAUCAUCAGGGAGACUUUCCAUUUGGUAUCUAAGCGAGAUGAAAAUGUUUGUAAUUUCCUAGAAGGAGGAUUAUUAAUUGGAGGAUCUGACAACAAACUGAUAUAUAGACAUUAUGCAACACUAUAUUUUGUCUUCUGUGUGGAUUCUUCAGAAAGUGAACUUGGUAUUUUAGAUCUAAUUCAAGUUCACAAUAUUCUUGCAGAAAUGGUGAUGGGGGGAAUGGUAUUAGAGACCAACAUGAAUGAAAUUGUUACACAAAUUGAUGCACAAAAUAAACUGGAGAAAUCUGAGACCUUUAUCUUUCAGUCUCCCAGACAGGACAGGUAGACAAGGCUGGCUUAGCAGGAGCUCCAGCCCGUGCUGUAUCAGCUGUAAAGAAUAUGAAUCUUCCUGAGAUCCCAAGAAAUAUUAACAUUGGUGACAUCAGUAUAAAAGUGCCAAACCUGCCCUCUUUUAAAUAAAAUAUUAAAAAGACCACUCCCAGGUAAAACCCAGGGGGACAAGUCAUCUAAGUUUACCAUACAGUUGUUUACCAAAAAUAGAGGAGGAGAGUCUUAACUUUUGCUCUUGGAUUUAAGUCAAGGUACUGUAUAAAAGUAUAAAAUCAGUAUGAAAGUUCAAUGUUGCUUUUCUUGCUCAGUGAUUUUAAAGAAAUUGUAUAGUUCUGGUGUGAUUUUUUUGUUGUUGUUGUUUUCUAAACUGCAUUCCUGUGCCACCUAAGGCAUGCCUCUGUGUAUUGGCUGUUACAGUAUUUUGAAAGUGAGGUGUCUUUAAUUAUGUACAAUCCAAAAUGUUGGUGUUUUGUAUGGAUCAUAAGUGCAACAUUCCUUAAUUCUUUCUGCUAUUUGUCACUAUUGUUAUUUGAAGAACCAAGUAUGUAUUGCAUGAAAACAUUAUGACCUUUUCCUCUUAGUUUAAAUAAACUCCAAGGUAACUGAAUUUCUAAAGCACCUUUCUGUUUGCCUGAUAUCUACCUUGGCAAUAAUUUUUUUUACAACCCUUUGACUCAAAAAAAAUAAAGGUAUAUUUUAUCACUGUUAAA